GCAUUUCAGCCACUUCUACGAGACCCCGCCCCACCUGCGGCUGCCCCCACGCCCCGGCGCGGUGGAUCUGGGACCUGCAGCCCUGCCGGCACGGCCCACGAUCGGUGGCUUGGAGGAGGCGAAGGCCAUCGGGAAGUUCCCGAACCUUCUGCCAGCCGCUGGGCCAAGCGAAUUUCCAUCGAACCGCGGCGAAGCCGGCGAUCGGCCCACCGGGGAGCGACGAGACGACGCCUUGGUCACCUCAGCGGUGUUGGGCUCCGAGCCGCCGCCAGAGCCGCCGCCCAGCAAGCGGCCCAGCAAGCC